GCUGCUGAUGUGGAAUUUCCCCUCUCUGCCAUUUAAAAAGCUGCGCUCUGAGGGCGAUGCGAGCCCAGCGACACGACUCCAUGGACCGAACCACGUAGUAUUUCGCCGUAGCGUUUUUCAAGUGCAAGCGUCCAGGAGACCAGAAGCGAGCCACGUAGUUUAAAUGGGAAAUCUGUUGGGCAGCUGGCGUUUGAAGGAGCCGAGCACCGUGGAGGAAUGCGACUCGACGUGGGGGUCGGACUCCGAGGGCGACGAGCCGGCGGCCGCGGACGACAGCGGCGUCUCCGAAGCCGCCGGCCCGGCGGAGGGCGACCGCGCCGCGGGAGACCCCGAGGACGCGUCCCCGCAGCUGGCAGAAUCUCCAGACUCCGUUUCAAAGAUGAAGAGGAGUUUCUACGCUGCCAGGGACCUCUACAAAUACCGUCACAGCUACCCGAACUACAGAAAGUCCCGGCAACCCAACGAGUACCGUAACCUGCGCUUCUACCUGAACAAGAUCCCUCUGGUACCCGAUGGCAUCUACGUAGAGGAGAUUCUGACAAAGUGGAGAGGCGACUAUGACAAACUGGAGCACAAUCACACCUACAUUCAGUGGUUGUUCCCAUUGAGAGAACAAGGGCUCAACUUCUACGCACAUGAACUGACUCAGGAGGAGAUCAAAGAAUUCCAAAGCACUCGGGAAGCCAAGCGGCGAUUCCUGGCAGCUUAUUCCCUCAUGUUGGACUUCUACGGCAUCAAACUGCUGGAUAAGAGUGGGAAUGUUGCUCGGGCUUCCAACUGGCCCCAGCGCUUCCAGCACCUUAAUGAGUCGCAGCACAACUACCUGCGGAUCACUCGCAUCCUCAAGUCUCUGGGCGAGCUGGGCUACGAGGCCUUCAAGGCCCCGCUGGUCCAUCUGUUCCUGGAGGAGUCGCUGUGCCACAACACGCUUCCCAACAUGCUGCACAGCGCCCUGGAGUACUUUGUCUACACCAUCCGCCUCCCGGCCACCCGCCGGCGCCUGCUCCGCUACGCCCGCCAGCACUACAGACCCGCCCACGCCUUCCUCUGGGGGCCGCCACCCAAGCGGCGAGGCGGUGUUGGUGCCGGUGGUGGCGGCGUAGGUUCUGGGAGCAGCGGGAUCAGAGCGCCCGCUCCGACACCAGAGCAGCAGCGCAGGGGGGAGGAAAGCACCGGUGGCAUCGGGACUGUCGUGUCCUCCUAUGAGGCCGGGGCGUCCCUGGACCUGGCCGCGGGACUCGGCUCUAGUGCGCUGAUGGCGGCGGGCCCUCGAGAGAGGAGCGAGCACAAUGACGUCGUUCUUUUGUAGGGGCUCCGGUGGAAGUGGUUCUCUGCUGUGGACGGCAGAAAACAGGUGUUUCUAAAAGUAAUAGGUUUUAAUGUGAAGGAAACAAACACUUUGUUUUAGUAGAGUUCUGAAGCUUCUGGCCGCUAAGUAAAAGUCAAGGAGGCCAUAAUAAUUCAAUUUCAGGGCUUAUUGUUAACAAACAUGACGCUAUUUUAUUGCAGGGGAAUCCGUUAGACGCGGCUGAAAGCAGAGUGGGGUCGACAUGCAGGUGGAGGUCAGAGGUCAUACUUUGGACCAAAUCCUCACAUCAAUGAAGACCUAAACGUGCACAGCCAGGCGUUUCCUCGUCUAGGGCUGUGGUUCAGAAGAUUAGACGGACGAUUGCCUUAUUUGACAAGCUGUAAGCUGCUUUCAUCAAAGAAAGUUCCAGAGUUGUGCUUCCAGAUGCUGAAGAACAUUUUAGAUCCAAAUGUUGCCGAAUGGCAUGUUGGUCAUUGCAAUAGUUCUUGGGCAACAGCCCUGUUGCUAUUCUCCACUACAAGAAGGUGGCUGAAAGCUGUAAAGUGAGAAUUAUAAUGUGAAGGGCAAGAUCAGGAAGAUUCGUUUUUUUCCCUCUCCCUAAAUCAGGUGAAAAGCUCUUAAGAUUAAAGGGCGGGCUACUUUGUCAAAGCAAUACAUUGAUACUGCAUUGUUUUACUUUAGAUCGACUUGAGAUCCUCACCUUGUCUUUGAUGUUAGCAGACACAGCUCGAGGUGUAUUGUCUGUGCAAUUCUACCGUCUAUAAGUUGAAGGCAAAACCCCCCCGAGACACACACGCACCUUUGAAAAUCGUACAAAUGUAUAGAUGCAAAAACAAGACUUGACUAAAUGUCAAGGCUUUUAGUGACGUCGUUACUCAGCUGUAAACUCUGACCGGCACCUCGGAGGUCCACUGGGAGAGUGCAAACAAAGGCUCAACAUCGGAUCUAUCUGGAAGGCAAAAGGCCUGUUGUGCAAUCAUUUAAACAUUUAGAAACAGAUCUGCAUUCAUUACGGAUCUGUUUUGCCUUUGAGGUUUUCC